CCCAGAGUAGUGAAGCCCCUCGGGCACAAGUCGGGCAGAACCAUUGUCAUUUUUUAAGCGUACAGUCCAGCUGUACUGCCACAUCAUGCAAAUGAAAAUCAUACAGCUACUUAGCCUGCUCCUACUAGGUCCUAGGAUCGUUCACGGGAAUCAGCAAAUUAAACUCAAACUCGCCACUGCCACAGUACUAUCUGUGGCCCACUGCAGUGCUACGAGCGCUCCACCCCCAGGUUCACUGUUGAACUGCUGUCACUAUUAUAAGGACCUUAAGCGGGUUCAUGGCGUCAGAAUGAACCCUCGCGUCCCUUACCUGUGAUGCCGAAUAAGCAAGUUUCUCAUCCAAUCCCCAGCUGUCGUGUUAUGGGUCCAAGGCCUGCAGGAAAUGUUUCAGACAGUCGGGCUCGCUGUAGCAAUGUUCCCAUCAAAUGGAUUCGCGGUGAGCUCAUUGGUAGAGGAACUUAUGGCCGCGUCUACCUGGCUCUUAGCAUGACCACGAGCAAGUCACAACUGGUUGCCGUCAAACAAGUUGAUAGUCCUCAAAUCAUCCGAGACGAGAACGACCAGUGUCAAGCCACUUUCGUACAUUCUGUUCAAAGACUGAGCAAGCUACUGGUAGAUCUGAACCAUCGUCAUAUCGUCCAAUAUCUCGGGUUUGAAGAGUGCUUUGUAGAUCAUUCAAGGGUUAUGAAUAUUUUUAUGGAGUACGUGUCGGGUAGUGCAUUGGGCUAUUGUCUUCGCGAAAAGGGCAGAUUCAGCGAGGAUGUCUCGAAAUUUUUCAUGCUUCAAAUACUUCGAGGUUUGAGAUACCUCCAUUCACGACGAAUAAUCUACCGGAAUCUGCAAGCCGACAGCGUCCUACUUGAGAGAGAUGGGAGUUGCAAGCUUUCUGAUCUAGAGUUCUCUACAAGGGAGGAUAAAAUACAUAAACUUCCAUUCACCAGUGUACAACGGAUACUACCUUGGAUGGCACCGGAAGUCAUCUGCCAUCAGAAGGAAGGAUACAGCGUCAAGGCCGAUAUUUGGAGUCUGGGAUGUGUUUUGUUGGAAAUGCUGACAGGAAAGCGACCCUGGUAUGAGGAUGAACUAAUCAUGGUCACCAUCAAAGUAAAACAAAAUAAGCGCCCACCCAUUCUCCCUGAAGUUCCCUUGUCAGAUCCUGCAAUCAAUUUCCAGGAUUUAUGUUUUGCAAUCAAUCCUGACGAACGCGCAUCUGCUUCGCACCUGAGACGACAUCCCUAUCUUGAGCUUCCGGAUGAUUGGAAAUUUCAGGGUUUUAAUAGCUAGGGAACAUUAUCAUUAUCGUGCAUUUCUGUUCAUGUACUUUCAUAUGCUUUCCCCCCCAUUCUUGCAUACCAUAAGUAUAAUUGACUGGGAGAGGAGCUAUUUAUUCUGGACUGGCACAAUGCAGAAUGCCUCAAUUUAACAUCAGAACGAUGCAAAAUUGUUCUCUCGACGUGAUCAGCACACCUUAUGUGUGAACCUACUAUAUAGUAAAUCAAG